GAGCGAAGGGAAAAAAGAGCCCCGGAAGGAAGUCACGGGUAGACGGGUGUCGCCUUUUUGGGGAAGAUAGGAAGAAAGAAAAGUUGCUCGUGAUGCGGUCGCGGUAGCAGGGUGGGGGAAAGUCGGGUGCAGGCGGUUUGCGGGGCGCUGUGAAGACACCUCGGGGAGAUUAAGGGCGCUUUUCGUUCUAGGGAAGCUAAGUGUUAGCCAGGUCGGACGGAUCCACGCGGCGGACUCUCCCUUUCUGCUACCCCAAGCAUCCAUAUUUGCAUCCCUCCCGGCACAGGGAGUGGCAUCCUCCCUUUUCCUGGUGAGGAAUAUUCCAAGUGGCUCGCUCCCCUUCAUAUCUGGACCUUAGUCACUCAAUCUGUAAAACAUGGAGAGAGACGGUCACCACCUCCUGGCUUAGUGCCUUCACCACCAGCCUUCACCACCGUUUUUGAAACCAUGAACAUGCUCAAGUCCAGCGGGCUGAAGAUCCCCGGGCGCGGGGCCAAGCAUUCCAGCCCGAUGGGAAGGAGUGGAACGUCAAGCUCCCCCGUGCCCCUUAAAGACAACACUCCAGCCAAGUCCAGCACGCCGCCCAAAGUGUCCGAGGAAGGCGACGAAGUGGCCGGCGACUACACAUUGGGCGAACAGGUUUGGGUGAACAGCGUGAAACCUGGGGUCAUCGCCUACCUCGGUGAGACCCAGUUCGCCCCCGGCCAGUGGGCCGGCGUCAUCCUCAACGACCUCCUUGGCAAGAACGAUGGCUCAGUGGGCGGCGUCCGGUACUUCGAGUGCCAGCCUCUGCAGGGGAUCUUCACGCGACCUUCCAAGCUCGCCCGGCAGCCGGUGGCCGAGGGCAGCGACAGCCUCUCCACGGAGUCCCUCUGUGCCCAUAAUCAGAGCCUGCAAGGCAGUGGGGGCUGCCCCGUUGGGCAACGGACGGCAGUGCCGCUCCGAGACGGCUUGCUCAAUAGCGCCAUCAAGCCGGGAAAUGAGUCCGGGUCCAACAUGUCUGACAGCGGAUCUGUGAAAAAAGGCGGCGACAAGGAUCUGAAGGCUGGAGAUCGGGUUUUGGUUGGAGGCUCCAAGAUGGGUGUGAUCCGUUACGUGGGGGAGACGGACUUCGCCAAAGGGGAGUGGUGCGGCGUGGAGCUCGACGAGCCUCUCGGGAAGAACGAUGGCGCUGUGGCUGGUACAAGAUAUUUCCAGUGUCUUCCCAAGUUCGGGCUGUUUGCUCCUAUCCACAAGGUGAUCCGCAUCGGCUUCCCGUCCACCAGCCCGGCCAAAGCCAAGAAGACGAAGCGCGUGGCCAUGGGCGUGUCGUCUCUGGCCCACAGCCCCAGCAGCUCGUCCAUCAGCUCUGUCAGCUCGGUGGCCUCGUCGGUGGGCGGGCGACCGAGCCGCGCCGGACUUCUGACCGAGACGUCGUCGCGAUACGCCCGCAAGAUCUCCGGCACCACCGCCCUGCAGGAGGCGCUGAAGGAGAAGCAGCAGCACAUCGAGCAGCUGCUGGUCGAGCGCGACCUUGAGCGCGCCGACAUGGCCAAGGCCACCAGCCGCAUCUGCGAGGUGGAGAAGGAACUCAGCACUCUCAAGUCGCAGCAUGUGCAGUACGUGUCGGAAAACGAGGGCGCCCUGCAGCAAGUCACUGCCGCCUUGGCCGGCGUGCAAAAAGCUAAAGUGGAGCUCGCCAAUCAGCUGGAGGAAGAGAAAAGGAAAGUCGAGGACCUCCAGUUCCGAGUGGAAGAGGAGUCCAUCACCAAAGGAGACCUGGAGCAAACCACGGUGGAAGAGCAGAGUCGCAUCAUGCAGCUGGAAGAGGAGCUCAACCAAACCAGGGCCGAGGUGGAGACCCUUCGGGUUCAGUUGCCGGACGCAGCCACACAGGAGCUGGGUCCCGCCGCCGCCCGGGCGAUCAACUCCGAGUCGACGGCGGUGGCGCUUGCGGCGAGCCGGCAGGAGGCGGAGGAGCUGAAAUCGUUGAGAGAGAAGCAGAACCAGGAGAUCGCUGAGCUGAAGCUGAAGGUCCAGCAAGCCACCAAGGAGAACAUGGAUAUGAUGGAUGUUUGGAAGGCAAAAUUUGACUCUUUAGUGAGUGACCACCAGCAGUCCCUGGAGGACCUGAAGGCCUCGUUCUCCAGAAACCAAUUAACGCCUGAGGGCCAAGAGCCAGGCGUCCAGGAGCUGCGGGCUGCCCUCGAGAGCCUGAAGAUGGAACACCAGCUUGAGGUGGAGAACCUCAAGGCCAAGUACAAGAUCGAAGCAGCCAUCCUCACCAAGGAACGCGAGGACCUCUGCGCUCGCCUCCAGGAGGCCAAGGACAACUCCGGGAGGGAGGCCGUGGAGGAGGCUACCGACAAACUCCAGAGGGCUGAGAAGAGGCUGGCGGAGAUGGAGUUGCUUCAACGGGAGCACGAUAGAACCGUUCAGGAGUUGGGGGAACGACUGGAGCUGUCCGAGAGUAAGGUGUCUGACUACCAGGCCUUGCAGGAGGAAGUCCAGAAGCUGCAGGAGAAGUUGAGGGUGACGGCCAAUCAGCUGCAGGCCAUCCAGACCGACUGUGAGGCAAACGUGAUCGAAGAUAACCGCCGAUCAGAUGAGCAGGGGAAGCUAAAGCAGAACGUUGAAGAAACCAUGGAUAAGCUGCUCAAAAGGGAAAAAGAGGUUUCAACCCUCACGUCCCAAGUUGAAGAUCUCAAAUCUCAAAUUGCAGUUCUGGAGGGAAAAGUUCGUUCAGGGGAAAGGAAGGCCGAAUCCCUGGCCCGGGAGAAGACACGCAUGGAAGCAGAGCUUGAAUCCAUAUCCAGAAAGUCCCAUGAUGCCUCUGGGCAGCUGCUGAGCAUCAGCCAGGAAUUGCUGAAGAAAGAAAGGAACCUGAACGAGUUGCGGGUUUUGCUCUUGGAGUCGCGUCGCCACUCUCGAGAGAUGGACAAAGACCUCAGCCGCGAGCUGCGCAAGGCCGAGUGGAAAGUCAAGGAGCAAAAACUACAGGACGAUAUCAAGACGCUGCGUGACAAACUCCUCAUGCUGGGCCGCGAGAGGUUCUCCCCGGACCACCGCCGGCACUCCAUGCUAGACCCCUCAGCUUUGGAUUCUGAGGUGACACGCCUCCGCCAGCAGCUACUCAGCACCGAGGACGCUCUGAGGACGGCCCUGGAGCACAAUCAGCAGGUGGACCAGCUGGUGCAGGCCAUGGGGAAGCAUCCGGAGAAAAGCUCGAUGCACGGAGGAGCCCACAAGUCAGCCAAUGGAAUUCACCAUCAGGAGCCCGACAGCGCUCGAGAAGAGCAGCACUGAUAUGAGCUGAGGAAACGUCAACUGGGACUUGCGGAAGAAUGUCCUAUUCAGUGACGGACAUCUAAAGUUGAAACCGAAACCACACGCGGUUGCUGAAAAAGCACCUAAUAGCCAGUCGCACGGACCAAGUACUGUAACGCCUGGUGGAAUUCUUGAGAAAUUACGCACCUGCGGCUUCCUUUAUUUUACAGUACUCAAGAAGGAACGCCAAGAGUCCAUGAACAUACCACUGCGACACCUUUUUUUUUUUUGUUCUCUUAUUUAUUACUUUUCAAAUAAUUUACCAAGUGACUCGAAGAGAUAAAACGAUUCCCACGUGUUUUAAGGGAGCGGUCGCCAUGCGAAAUGAUCGGUGUACAGACUGAAAUCAUCAUCAUCGACUUCAUCGUCAUCAUCAACGAGUAUUAUUGGCUGUACAUUAAAGUGAUACGCCAAACUGAACUUUGCUGGGCCUUGCGAUAAAAAAUCUGGGAGCAAAUUAUUAUUAUUUUUUUUUUUUACACAAAAAAAGAGCCCAUAAAUUAAGUCUGACAUAUUUUACUUCAGCUACCAAACCAGAAAUAGCAGCGAUCGCAUUAACCUUAACGGAAUAAACCUCCAUGCGCUAAUCAAUUGUAGCGACAAACUAUGUCCAAGGUACACAAAAACUCUCCAUGUUCCACAACGACUCACCCGUUUAGCCUUGAGCUUUUGAACAGAUCCUUGUGAAUAAUCAUUGGAUUAACAAUAAUGUUCAUAUUUUCCAUUAGCAGCCAUUCCUAAUGGAGUCUUAAUGUCUGCAGAAUUGAGCAGAAAACUGAUGCUUUGGGUUCUAGCUUGUACAUCUCAAAAUUCUGAGUCAUUUUUUUUUUUUUUGCCCUGAAGGUAGUGGCUAUGUCAUGGUGUCAAACUCAAGGCCCGGGGGCCAGAUCUGGCCCCGCACAUGAUUUUAUGUGGCCCGCGAAAAGAAAUCAUGUGUGUCAGAUUCCAUGAUUUUUGUUCAAAUCUGUAGCAAAAUUUCAAAUUGUCGAAUCGUAAAACGGAAGCGUUGAGAUACGACAAGCAUUUUUGUGUUGUCAAACAUCAACAAUAGUUGAAAAACCCAUUACCCUUGAUUUCUUUGAUUUAUUUAUUUUUUUUUCCAAAUCUAGUUCGUCCAUUUCACGCGUAAAUACGAUGAAGCGAUUAAAGAUUUUAAUGGUUUCACAGUCAUAAAUGGCCCUGUGAGGGAAAUUUUAAUGAAAAUGAGUUUGACACCCCUGGUCUACACCAUGGAGCUCUGGAGGCCAGAUCCAGAAAGGCUCACUAAUGUCACAGUUCAUACAGGAGCCAAAAAAAAAACAUACUACAUAUGUCCAGAUGUGGGGUACCUCAUUAAUGCUGUUCUGUGCCAGAAAUGUAUGUUCAUAAGUGCAAGCUAUUGGACCCCUAACCUGCACUUGUCAAGAUGGUACAGACCCAAGUUGUGAAGGGUACAAAAGAGGGGACCGCCCCACUGACCCAACUUUUUACCCGUACACUGUAGGGCUCCUGUCUGUACCUGGUCUUGGGCAAAAAAAAAAAAGAACCAGGUAAUUAUUUUCCACAAUCUGUAAAAGUAUGUAAGGUAUCAAAGACGGUACCACCGCUGUGGCAAACUACUGUACCCUUUAAAUGACUAAUGUACACCAUGAUGUUCCACAAUCUGUAAAAGGUAUGUAGGGUACCACCCCGUUAUUGUCCCCCAUAAUUUAUGUAAUGUACACCACAGGGCUACUAUAUUUACCUGUUCCAGGCGCAAAAAAAGUACCAUGUGUGUUUUGCGAUCUCUAAAAGUAAAGCGGUUAAAGGUGCAAAACUCGGUACUACUAAAGAGACAUUGUGCCUUUUCACGGACACUGUUGGGCUACUGUCUGUACUUGUUCCAGAGCCCCCAAAAUACCAGGUAUGCCUGCUCGAUGUCAAAAGUUAAGUGUCGACGGUAUCACCCAAGUGACAGGCGGUUGUACCCUAUUAAGGCACGGGUGUCAAAGUCAAGGCCCGGGGACCAGAUCCGGCCCGCUGCGUGAUUUUAUGUGGCCCGCGGAGGCAAAUCAUGUGUAUCAACUUCUGUGAUUUUUUUUUUUUUUUUUUUUUGUUCAAAUGUACCAAAAUUUCAAAUUGUCCUAUCAGAAAUGAUAACGUUGCGAUAUUACAAGCAAUUUUGUGUUUCCAAACAAUAAUAGUUGGAAAAACCCAUCACCCUUGAUUUCUGAUACCAAAACGAGUUCGUAAAUUUCACGUGUGAAUUGGACGAGGCGGUUCAAGAUUUUUAGCGUUUCACAGCCAUAACGGCCCUUUGAGGGAAUCCGCAAGUACAAUGUGGCCCGCGACAAAAAUGAGUUUGACACCCCUGCUUUAAGGUACUCCGGAAAAUACCAAUUGCUAAGAGUCUGAGGUACAGUGUGUACCUUUUCCAUCGCAAAAUAGAAGGGUACCAAAUCCAGAAAGCUUGAGGGUACCACCCCAGCGACAAGAUAUUGUAAGACAUUGUACUUAGUCAGGUACACUAAUGUAUACCACAGGCCCACUGUCUGUAUCUGUUCCAAGGCCCCAAAACCCCGCAUGCUGCAUCUUCAACAAAUCUGUCAAAGGGUCCAAUUGCAACACAUGUAAAACUACCACCCCGGUGACAAACACUGUACAACGCUAAGGUAUAAAAUUACUUUUCUCUGAUAGUGCAAGGACAAAAUUACUAAUGUUUCUCAAACUGAAAUCUGCCAACAUCCAACGUCUUCCAAGUAUCGUCAACUAUUUCCUGUUUUUUUUUUUUUUUUUUUUUUAGUUGGCAAUCAAUGGCAAAAGAAGAUAUCCGUUCGUGUCCUGUAACAGGGACUCUCAUUAUUGGGAUUACCGCCGCAAUGCUUUCCGAGACGGACUCAUUAAACAUUUACAACACAAACGUCUCACUGCCUACUUCUUCACGUUUACGAAAUGGAGUACUUGAACGGAGCACAAAUGUCCAGGCGCUGGGAAUUUCUGGUGUAAACCGAGGAAUUUCGGCUAAUGCAGUUUGUAAAUUUUCCUUUGCAUUAUACAGUAUAAACCCAAAUUUUAGAAAACGUUUUUUUUUUUCGAGUUGUAUAAAUUAUUCUUAUUAUAUUACCAAAUCCUACCAGUUUAUGAUGUUUUUCUUUUGCAUAGCAAUUUCAUUUUCCCCUGCUUGUAUUAUACUGGUUUUAUGCUACAUGUUUUAAAAUAUAAUUUUUCCAUUUUUUUUUU